UGCCUGUCAGAAGUCCCACAUAUCCCUGGAGGAUAAGAUGCCAUGGAGGCCACAGGAAGAACAGCGCUUUACGUCUGCUCUGUUCUCUUCAUCCUAACAGAAGUCAGGUCAGAGUUCAUCCACAUCCCUUCACUGGUACACCAUGGUAUUGAAGGGAAGUCUGUGCUUCUGUCUGUUGAGACUCGCUUCCCGCUGGAUGAAGUUGAGAUCCAGGGAACCUGGUCCCACACCGAGCCGAGCGGUACCCGAACCACGUUGGUGACAUUUACCAAAGAGACCACAAUCACUGACAUGAUGUACCGCAACCACCUCCUCUUUAGAGAACCCAAUGUGUCUCUGCUAAUACGGAAAUUAAACCAGAAUGAUGAGGGAGAAUACCACCUGAGCCUCAACAUAGAGUUUCAUAACAAGACAGGACUGGUUAUCAAGGAGGAAAGAACCGUGCACGUAACAGUGGAUGUUCCUGUGUCCACUCCAGUCAUUGAGAAGAGCCCAUCAAAUGCAGUUGUUGAGGACAAGGCAAACGUAACCUGGACUUGCUCUGUCGAGAGAGGGACAAGAGUUGUGUUCCAGUGGCAAAGGGACAACGUCCCGCUCGGUCCCAGUGACAGAUACCACUUCUCCCAAGACAACUCUACAUUGUUUAUCAGUCCUGUGAGAAAAGAAGACAAGGGAACUUACCACUGUUUGGCCAGCAACACUGUCAGUCAGGGUCGGCACAGCAGGGCCGUGGAACUCAAUGUCUAUUAUGGUCCCUACAACCUGGAGGUGAACUCAGGCCAGGGUCUGCGGACAGGAGAAGUGUUCACCAUCAACCCUGGAGAGCUGGUCUUCUUUGAAUGCCAGGCCGACUCCAACCCACCCAACAGCUACGUCUGGAUCUCCAAGAGCCGCAACGCCACCCAGGUCAUCACUGAGGGCCCGCGGCUGGAGGUGCGCUCCUACAGACUGGCCCAGGCUGAAGAGUACCUGUGCCGCGCCUUCAACAACGUGACACAGAAGCAGGACGAGGCCCAGUUUACUCUGGUGGUGGCCAGCUUAGGAACAGGGAAAAACAAGCAGACCCAGGAGGGUGGCUCUGUAUCUCCUCUAGUAGCCAUUACUGUCUGCUCUUUGUUUGUCAUCGGCUGUAUGCUGCUGUUCUUCCUCAGGAGAACCUGCCACCCUAAGAGAGUGCUUAUGAGCAUUUACAACAGGCCGCUUUCAGAGCAGAAACGACCACAUCGUUCAGGUCAUGAAGAUGCAACAGAAGACUUUGGCAUCUACGAGUUUGUCUCCAUACCGGGGAAAAUGGAAUCUGCACAGGCAUCCUGCAGAUCUCUGGCUCGUCUUGAGUCAGUUCAGGAUAUGCACACCACCAUCUACGAUGUGAUCAGACAUGUUCCUGAAACACCCAGUCACAGUUUGCUGAAGUAAGCUGAGAUGGAACCUACAGUUGUGCCAUUUGAAGACUCCUUUGUAGCUUUAUUCUCUGCUAUCAGAGCCUGAAACAUUGGUUUUGGUGGCCCAUUUGUUUUGCACAAGGGAUGAUGGAGACUUGUGUGAGGACACAACCUGAUCGUGCACUGUUACUGUCCAGAGUUUUGGACAGACGUUAAAUGACUUCUAAUGACAAUAUUGUGAAAAUGAAAGUGUAAGUAUGCCUUGAAAUGUUUGUUUUUUAUGUGAAAGUACAACUGAAGCUGAAACUGUUUCGCCUUUUUUGUAAAAAAUUAAGAUCACUUCAUAUCGUAUCAAACCAAGCAAGCAACGAUCUUAUGAAAUACCUACAAAGUACCCAAACAUAUAUUUAAUUUUAACUAAUAAGGUUUUAUUUGCCAUUUCAAUAAUAUCCUUCUAAUUUAACAUUCCUGCCGAUGAGAGUCUGCUUUGUGAGACAAGUGUUAUAAUGAAUGCAUUUUCUUGUAUGAAAUAUAUUAGGAUUAAUUGUAAAUAUUGUACAUGGAUUAUACUGCAGAUUCUUUAUACAUAUUAUUCUAUUUCUAUGUUUCGCUCUAAUCUAUUUAUUCCCAUAGAAACACUUAACCCUGUUUCCACAAAUGUAGCAUUGUUUCUGCUCAACAUGGACAUAAUGAAAUGCUGAAACACGUAAAAGGAUUCAUAAAUUAUUGUACAGUUUGCAUUCAUAUAUUUGUUUUGUACUUUAUUAAAGAUAUAACU